CCGAGUCCCGAUUCGACUGGUGCCAACGGAAUGUCAGUCGGUGUUUUAACAGUUGUAUACAUCUAAUACAUAGCAUAUGACUUCUACAGUACGAAGGAUUUGAGACGGUGUGUUUAUUUCGUGACGUUGAUAAUUUGCAAUGGCUUCUGCUCACGUGUCGGCAGUGAGGUCGCUGUACAAGAAGGUAUUGACGUUGCAUAAGCUAUUGCCGAAUGACAUCAGAGCGAUUGGUGACCAAUAUGUCAAGGACGAAUUCAAGAGACACAAAAAUGCAACUAAUGAACAAGCUAAACAAUUUAUGCUGGAGUGGCAAGCAUAUGCAGCUUCACUAACAGUCCAAUUGAAGCAACCAGAAGACAUUGCUAAUAACGUAGGUGCUUAUAUUCCUGAUGAAAAACUGGAUGAUUUUAAUGACGAACAAGUUGAACAGUUACAUGAACUUUUCCAGGAAACUACAAAACCCAAAACAUUUCAACCUGUUGAAGAGAGAUGAUGCUUGUUUCAUUCUGCACAUAAUUUUAAUAAACCCAAUUGUUGUACCUUG